UUCGGGAAUCGUAUAUACAGAUCAUUAGUCGGAAUUAUGUAGCUUUGAAAACAAGUGACAAUGUAUUGGUUAAAAAAGCCUAACAAAACUAAGUACAAAACGGUUAAUUGUUCCCAAUUGAAUGUUUAACACGAAACGGAAUUGAUGAAAUUAUCGUCCGGUGUUAUAAUUUUGAUAGAAUUAAUGUUUUAUUUGUGCCAAAUGAAUAUUCGUCUUAUCAUUGAAAAUCGUUGAAAUUGGAGGCUGCAAAUGGUGAAAAAACUAGUCAGUGAACGCCAGUAAUUCAUUAAGAUCUCUUUUGCUGACUUUUGAAUUUUACCACCCACAUGUAACGUAUAUAUAAGGCAAAACAAGUAAAUUAUCUGGGCACGCUGAAUUGCUUAAGAUGUCAAUUAAGAAACCAACAAUCAGCAGUAAUAAUCCAAUAUCGCGGAAGAAACUAUUUCAAUUUCUAUUCAAAAAUUACAUACGAAGUGCCUAUCGAAGUGGUGGAGUUGGUGGUGUUCAGCAUCCGAAAACGGUCAAUGGAACGGAAUUGAGACGAGAAUAUUUUAACGACAUGGGCGAAUGUUUUAACGAACAACAGCGACGGAAGUUGGAUUAUUUGAAAAUUCAACGGAAAAUUCUCGGACGAACAGUAUCUGCAAAGGAGCGAAACGAUGCUAAAAGGUCCAGAAUGACGGUAACUCAACCAAAUGAUCGGAAAUUUGGUGAUAAUGAUGACGUUGGAUGGGGCAAACAUGUGAAUGUCAAAUUGACAAGAGAGCCGACCACUUCGUUUGGUGUCUGUAUAGUUGGCGGAAAAGUGAACAUAUCUAAAGAUUUGCAGGUGUCUGGAAUAUUCAUAAAAAACAUAGUUCCAUCCAGUCCAGCCGAAAAAUCGAAUCUGAUAAAGAUAGGAGAUCGAAUUUUAUCUGUAAACGACCAAGACGUACGAAAUGCGAGUCAAGAGGAAACAAUUAAUUUGAUUAAAAAUGCUGGCUGUACAUUGCAUCUAGUACUUCAAAGCUUUGAUUUUGCCAACGACUCAGAAAAUACAUCGAACAAGGGUGCAUCGUUAGUGUCCCAAAAGCCAGAAAAUAUUGAUUGUGACACACAAUCUACCAAGCCAUACGAUCAUGACAACGAAAAUACAGAUGAAAACACGGCUAAAGAAGUGGCAAUUGUUAGCGAUGUAGAUCAUUCGUCCGAAGAGGAAUCAGAAGACGAAGAGACUGCUGGAAAGGUGGUAACGAAAGCUGGCGUGGAGAUUGACAGAAAAUCAGCAGGAAAUAUUAAACUUACUAAGGAGGAAAUAGCCACAGACGAACCGGAAAACAAUUACGGAUACACUGAAAGGAAAAUCAAAAAGAAGUACGGUGCUUUGGGAAACAUUGCUCGGGCAUAUGUUCAACGGGACGGUAAUAGCAGUAUGGGUCUGGCGUUGGCGGGUUACAAGGACCGAAAUAAAAUGGGUUGUUUCAUUGCUGGAAUAAAUCCCAAAGGUACAGCCAGCAGCCAAAAUGUUAAAGUCGGUGAUGAGAUUUUGGAGAUAAAUGGAGUGGUCUUACAUAAACUAUGUCAUCUGAAUGCGUCCGUUAUUAUCAAAGGAAUUCCGGGAACAACUCUCGAAUUUCUAUUGCUGAGGAAAACCUCAGCACUGGAUGACUUGGCAGUUAAGCCGGUUAUCAGUUUUCCUACUGUCAUUGAUCAGUUCGAUCAGUUAUAUUCCUGCUUCAAGAACGUUCGAAAUGUAACUAUCCAAAAGGUGGGAACAAGUCUCGGCAUCAUGAUCAUUGAAGGAAAACACUCGGAAGUUGGCCAAGGCAUUUUCAUAUCGGACAUUCAGGAGAAUUCUAAUGCCGAAACCGCUGGCGUUAAAAUUGGCGAAAUGAUUCUUGCUGUAAAUAAGGAUUUACUCAUUGAUUGCAAUUAUGAUGCCGCUGCUUCUCUACUUAAACGCGCUGAGGGAAUUGUAAAUCUAAUAUUGUGUAAUCCGAACAAGAAAGACGAUGGGGAAGAGUCAAAGGAAUCGGUCAAACCAAUCGAAAAAGAAAAAGCACCAGAACCAGCUCCUGUUCCCGAAGUUCCUAAAGAUCCAGCUACUGCACCAAUUAAUGUCAAUAAAGAGACGGUAAUUGAAGUCAAUGCCGAAAAUAAGCCACUAGGAAUUGUUGUGGUGAAGGGGGAUAAUUCAACGGUUCAGGUUGGAGCAUCCAUAAUUGUUAUACACGAGAAGGGGGCUAUCCACAAAGACAGUCGCUUUCAAGUGUUCGACAAAAUCAUCGAGAUUGACGGCAAAAAAAUCUCAUCAGAGACCAGCGAAAACGAUUUGAAGAAAACAUUUCAGCAUUGCUAUGGAAAGGUUAAAAUGGUGGUCUAUCGUGCUGAUCCGUUAGACUUGAAGGAAAUGGAUGUGGAUGUUACGAAGAAGUCUGGUAAAGACCUUGGUUUAGGCUUUGCCGAAUGCAAAGGCCAUGGAAUUUAUAUCACAGAAAUUAUGCAAGGUGGAAUUAUUGAUUCAGAUCAUCGUAUGAUCAAAGGUGAUAUCGUUACCCACAUCAAUGGGGACGACAUACGAUCGUUAAGCUUUACUGACAGUUCACUUAUGCUCAGAGCUGCGCAACCAAAAGUUACAUUAAAAGUUAUUAGACCAAAAGGAAAGAAGUAGAAAAUUUUAAACGAAUUUUAUUCUGAGUUUUCACUAGAAAUUUUUAAAGAAAAUUAAAUUUUAUCUUGUUACCAUUAUUACCUUUAGAAUGAUAAACGAAAGUAAGUCAAACAAAUUGAAAAAAUUAAAAGAAAAAUUUUCAAUAAAAUACAAAACGAUUCCCAUC